CAAAUCACAACAGUAGUAAAGAGUGAUACUCCCUCCCUAUUAUGUGGCACUCUUAGAGAUUAUCAGAAGAUGGGACUACAGUGGUUGGCAAAGCUGUAUAAGAUGAAUCUCAAUGGCAUUCUGGCUGAUGAAGCUGGACUUGAAAAAACAGUGCAAGUUGUUGCUUUUUUUUGCACACCUGGCAUGCAAUGAAGGUAACUGGGGACCUAUUCUUGUUGUUUCACAAGACUUUAAUGUGCUGAAGUGGGAGACUGAACUGAAAUGCUGAUGUCCUGCUUUGAAAAUUCUUCUGUAUCUUGUGAACCCAGGAGAACUUUUCUUAAAAAGACAGGUAUUGUGGAACAUUGUUUCAUUUACACAUGUACUGGGUAACAUAAGCAUUACACAGAAAGAAAAUAUCAGCCCGGGUCAUGGUUAUACCAUUGUGGUUAAAAACUUCAGUAUAGCGAUAUCGCAACGUGGUUCUUUUCUCUUUUGUUGUGUAGCAUACUGGAAGAAUGAAGAUAUUUCUUCAUCUCAUGAAUGCUAGUUCAUAAGCAGAGUUUGAUAUUUACCAAUAAAAUCUGCUUUGAUUACCAGCACUGACUGGCUAGCAUUUUUAAGUUGUGUGUAUGCACUUACUAGCAUGACGUCCCUUUGCACAGAUAUUUUUGACUAGUACCUGAUCUCUGUAUGGGGAAAUUCACAUCUUUGCUCCAGUGACUUGUACCUCAUUUUAGUAUUUGCAGAAGUUUAUUAAGAAAAUGUGUUGAAUUUAGCCAUUAUUUGGAUGGGAAACUGAUGUGUAAUCCGGAGGAGGCAACAGGAGGUUUGGUGUGUAUUUUGUAGCUUAGAAGCCAUGUGUGUGUUUUCGGGCUUCAAAACUUCACUAAACUUACUUGCAAAAUAUGCUGCUGAUUUUUUUUUUUUCUCCUCUGUUUUUUGCAUUUUCAACUUCCAUAAUUACAGGGAACUUCUUGGGUUCCUCCAUUAAUGUUUUUACAACAUACAACUUUUAUCCCUCCUUUUGGAAUGAUGUGUCUUUUCCAGUUACUUUUCAAUUUGUUUCCUUGUUGGAGUCCUUCAUAUAAUCUUAGAUUGACUAGCAAUUUUUCACUUCUCUCUUAAGUUUGUAGAAUUGGGCCAUAUAAAUCUUGUAAUAACUUUCUCUUGCCUUGUAACCUGAGCAGAGCAGAAGAAAAUUAACAAAAUUGCCAUAGCUUUGAGCAUAUUUAUUCCUUUAGUUCUGUGACUUUUCCUUUCAUUCUUGCAAUUUUAACUUUGUGUCUUGUGUUUCUAAUUUUUUAUUUGCCUUUGAAAGUAAAUAUCAGGAUGUUAAUUCACACAUUUGGCAGCUUCUGUGAUCAAGUCUAUAAUAAUUUUGAUCCUUCCAGGUAGAAUUUACCUAAAGAUUGACGCAUAUGAAUCUUAGAAAUUAGAGUUUAUCCAUUAAGUAUGAAUUCUAUUGAUAACCUGUAACAACAAGUAUAAGUAUUCUGAAAUGUGUUCAAACUCUUCAAGGAACAAUUCAAAAAUGUAUAAGGAAAGAUGGCUUUUCAUUGCCAAUUGUUUUUGGAUGGAAACUUGGUCUAUGUGUUUUAUAGGAAAGGCUUGUUCUUCUUUUAAAAAACAGUUUCUCUUAAGGAUAUUUUAUAUAACACUUCAAACAUCACAACCAGAGAGUUAAACUGAGCAUUCUCUUCCUUUUGGGAUUUCGAAAGCUUUGAAGAACUGCACUGGGAUAAAGUGCAAGAUAAUCUAUUUUAAUUCCAGAAGAGGAAAUGCGUAAUAGUCUUUGCUCUGAAAGCCAUCAAAAAAGCCUUUAGGAUUUUUGUGGGUUUUUUAUUGCAGGAAUGGACUGACCCUAACAACUUUAAUGUAUGUAUUGCCUCCUGCAAGCAAUUCUUUAAUGACUAUGAAGCAUUCAUGAAAGUACAGUGGAGGUACCUAGUUCUAGAUGAGAGGCAGAAUGGUAAUAGUCUGACAGAGAAGCACUGGGAUGCAAUAUUCAAUCUCCAGAGUCAUCUUCAUUUACUCAUGAUGGAUACACUUCUGCCUACUGCCUUAAAAGAUCUGUGGGCCAUUGCCUGUUUCCUGAUCCCAGGGAUGUCCCAAUCCUAUCUGGAUUUUACGAAGGUAGCAUCUGCAGAGGUGAAUGAAGAUCACUACCAGAGAGUUGCAGUGAGACUGCAGAGAGUAGUGCAGUCAUUCAUUUUGCGGAGGUCCAAAAUUCAUGUUGAGAAGCAGUUACCAAGGAAAUAUGAGCACGUGCUUACAUGUACUCUUUCUAAUCGGCAGAAGUCAAUGUAUGAGGACAUCUUGUCUCAACCAAGAACUCAAGAAUGUCUUAGAAGUGGGCACUUUGUCAGUGUCCUCCAUAUUCUGAUGCAGCUGCUAAGGGUGUGUAAUCAUCCUGAUCUGAUAAGUCCCCGGCUUCCAAGUUCUUCCUGUAUAUUAGACAUGCUGGAGUUUACAACUGCUUCUCUAGCGCUGAAUGCAUUAGGAUGGGAUCUUUGGAAGGUGAGUAGGGAAGUAAUUAUCUUGUGCUUGACUUGAUUUGACUAGGAGAGCAGGUGGCUUAGGACAUAAAAUUUCUCACACAUAAUUCAAGUUCCAAUUAAAUUUCAAAAUCUGAAUUGCUAAUUCAUUUAUUUUUAGAAGCAACUGCUAAGAUUAUAAAUAAUAACCAUUGACUUUAUAGUAGUACUGAAUUUAGUAGGUAUGCUGGGAAUUUGCUAUCCUUGUCAAAGAAGGUCAGGCUAUUUUGUAACAUUUUCUGGUUGUGCUUAAAGUCCCCAAUUAACCUAAACUGAUGGGUCUUGAAAUCAAGAGAAAGGUGCCAUUCUUGUCCUGUCCUGAGGAGUAGUUAAGGGUGUAGUUAAGCUGUGUACAGCUCUGGAGAUGAGAAGCUGUAUCAGGUUCCACAGUUUAGUUUUAACUAUAGUCUGUUUGCUAAAGUUACAUUGCAAGCGGUUUCAUCCUUUUUUUUUCUAGUGACUGUAGCAAUACUAGAGGCUUAAGAAAGACUGCACAAAGCUAGAACAGUAGCAUUAUUUGUCCUGGGAAAUUCAAAUAGUUACUCCUUUAAGUCUGUUGGAAAAAUCAUUUUGAGGGGCCGACAGAGUGAGUGUCAAAGGCUUGUGGAGGAAGUAGGGUUAAUGUAUCAAGGUGGGAGUGGAUGAGUCUGGAAUGCCA